UCAGCGAUGAUGAAUGAGGCAGGACUUCGGAACGCCCUCCCUGACCAGUCAUCGGGGAGUGGGCAAACUUUUGCCACCUCACGCCACCCAAGCGUCAUUGACCCUAUCUUAUCAAAGCGGGUCUGUUUCUACAAGAGCGGAGAUCCUCAGUUCAAUGGUUUGCGCCUUGUCAUCAACAACCGCACCUUUAAGACCUUUGAUGCACUCUUGGACAGUCUCUCCAAGAAGGUGCCCCUGCCGUUUGGGGUGAGGAACAUCACCACUCCUCGGGGGAUUCAUGCAGUCAAAUCUUUGGAUGAACUUAAGGAUGGGAAAUCCUACCUUUGCUCAGAUAGCGGUAAGGUAAAGCCCAUCAAUCUGGCAUUGGCCAGAAAGAAGCUGCCACCCUGGUACCACGCCAGACCGGUUAGCUCUCGCCGUCGGACUAUUCAGCAGGGUCUGUUUUUCCCAGGCCAGAGCAUCCACAAACAGGAGCUAGUGCUUAUUCGCACACCCAAGAGCCUACUGGUUUUCCGCAAUGGGGACCCCUCUGUAAAACACACUGUGGUGCUUCACAAGAAGACUUCUCCAAGUUACGAGGCUAUCCUGGAAUAUAUCUCAGAGCUCAUGCAGUUCCAUGUGGUGAAAUUACACACUCCUGAUGGCAAACGUGUUGACGGUGUUCCAGGCUUGAUAUUGUGCUCUGGAACUGUGGUAGCUGUGGGCAGGGAGCCAUUCAGGCCUGCAAACUACAGUGCACAGAAAUCUCCAUCUCCAACAUGGCGGCGUACCAAGCAAAUGAGUCUCAAGAGGCAAAAGGCUUUGAAUCGUAAAGGGAAGUCAAGGAAUUUUUCCUCGUCAUCUGAGAGGUACAUCGUUCAUCAGAUCCACAGCACCAUCGCAGAGAGUUCCUGUGAUAUACACAGCAACCCCACAAACUCUGUUGAGUUGGAGUCAAAUCGCAUCCUGGAGUCUGUAGCAGAGACAGAUGGCAAUGAAGCUGAAGGGCAGGACUACAUGCUGCCCAGCGACGACAAUAUUGAGAAGUCCUUCCAGGUGAAUCAGGACGGCAGCAUGACGGUGGAGAUGAAGGUGAGGUUGACAAUUAAGGAAGAGGAAGCCAUCCACUGGACCACCACCCUGACACGCUCAAGCGUGACCAGCCAGCAUAAUGUGAGCUCUUUACCGGAGACUGAGGCAGAGCUGGACAUCUGCUCGCCUAAAUCAAACUCACUGGAUUUACAGAGUCUUGCUGCCACUGACGACACCAAGUGGCACAAGGACAAAACUCAAGACAACAAUGACGAUGAUCCACCAUCGCUCGGUAAUGGAGCUUUAAGUGAGAGCGGUAAGGAAGAGGAGAUCGUCAAAAACCACUCAGAUGCAUUGUCCUCUGGGAGAGCUCCGACACCAGGAUACAAGCAAAUUAGCAAAAAGCAUGCCUCUGUGGAGAGUAUCAUAUCAGUUACAGAAGAUGGGAUUCAGCAAGGAACUAUUGGCUCUUAUUCCUACAGUGAGCAGACAGGAAAUGGAACAAUGACAGAGCAGUAUUGCAUGGCCAAGCAGAGCAGCACUAGACCGGUGCCCAAACCAAGAAGACUCAGCUCUGUUGAUGUCAACAGUAAAAAUGUUUCUGGAUUUAAAUCUGCAGAAAUGAGUGAGAUCGUGCAGAGUGAAUCCAGCGGAGAGGAGGUGACUGAGACAGUCAUACACAUAUAUGAACAGCAAACAUGCCAGGACAAUUUCCUUGCAAAUGUUUGUGCACACACUACUACGACUGUUGGAAGUCCACCUACUUCAGAAACAGGGCAGAUGUCAUCGAAUAAUAAAUUUGAAUCAGAACUCUGCAGAUCGUCAACGGCAUCCGAGUCCAUUAGUAUCUGGAAGAGUGAAAGUAUGUCAGUAAAGUUGCAGCACAAUGGUGUCGUGAGAGGAAAAAAUAGACAGCAGCAGUUCCAAAAACCCAGAAAAAUCCAAACAAAGACCCAUCAAAAAGACGCCAGCAUGGAUAAGAGGGCAUCCUCAAAGCCCAAGGUGGUUCAGAGGCUCGCAACACCACGAAAAAGACAAAAACAGAAUACUGCAGAGGCAAUGGAAGCACAUAAAAAAGUAAAAGCUUUCUCCAGUGCCGGAUACAUUAGGAGGAUUUAUGGAAACAAAAUGAAGUCAUCGAAAACGCUGAAAAACCUUCAAAAGAGACCAGCACAAAACAGGGACAGAGGUGUUACAGCAAAGAGCUCAGAAGUGUCAGAUGAGACAACAAGAAGCACGGACAAAGAUUCAAAUGUGCAAUCAGUAUUAAAAAAAUCCAUAGAGAGAGUUUCUUUUGAUACAAGCCAGAUGAAUGUUUCUCCCAAUGAGGUCAGCCAGAUACGGGGAAUACUGACACGGCAGACAUCGAUGCAUGUGGAGAAAAGGAGCGAAAACGAGCCCGAUGAUAUUAAUGGAAGCGUGUUGCCUGCUUUUAGCACCUCCAGCGCUGUUACAAAUGAAUAUGUAGAAAGCUGGCUGCAGAAAGCCCACCUCAACCACCCGUCUCACCUGCAUGAGGAACGUCAAAAACUGGAAGCAGAAAAUGGCAAGUAUAAAGAGCCUAAAAAUAAGCAUGACCUGAUCGAUGUGGCAGAAGAUGUAAAGUGUUCGGAAAUUGAAAUGUGUCAAACUUCAGAACCUCCACCAGAGAGUUCACUGGCAACAUCUGUCAAACUUAGAGUCCAGUCUUUUGAAAACAAAUCGAGUCCACCCGUCGAGAAAGCUACAGCCAGGCCUCAACUUGUUCAUCAUUCUCCAAGCACAAAAAACACAGAAAACCAGAAGAACGAAUCCCAAAAGGAAGAAAUAAACCAUCCUGUGCCACCAAGUGAUAAGAUCUCAACAGAAGCACUGUUAGACAGUGAAGUGGAAAAUAAAUCAAGCUCAGUCCGGAUCUCGUUCCAAAAAGCAACGCCGCUUAAUACGCUUUCAAUGGAGCUACCACCGCCACCUCCUCCUGCUGAAAGCACAGAGCUAUCAAACACUGAAUACUGCAUGAAAGAUGCGUUAUUAGUGAACAGUAGCCCAUUAUACAGGCUCUCAUCAGUGAGCAGUGAAGGGACAGAUAAUAAUCCAUUACCCAUCAGUCCUACGUCUGACAAGGCCGUAUCAUUUACAGAUGACACAACAGCAUCGCUCUCAAGAACACCCUCUAUUAAAAGGGCACCUUUGGUCAGUAAUCUGUCUCUUGAAAGGAAAAUGUCAGUGAGAAAGGUUUCUGUUGAUAAAUAUGCUUUAAGCAGUGAGGCCACUCCAGAGAAGACCACAUCAUUUACUGAGAACAACACUGUGGGAGGUGAUGGCAUCUGUUCAACACCAUCACAGCGAUCAAUCGAAGCCCAACUAGAAGCAGCACACUGGUCAGGUCUGACGAGCUGGCCGUCGUGUGGUACUUCUGUGUCCCCAUCUAGUUUAACAUCUGAUGAGAGGCUGUCAUCGCCCAGUAUCUCAUCAAAUGAUGCAUCAGUGCCAAGUAAUACCCCAUUUAAAGUGAGAGAAAUGAGUAAAGAAACUCAAAAAGAGACGUCAACACCUAAGAUCCUGGUGAAAAAAGCAAAAGCAAAAACCAGCCCAUCUCCUGAGAGGAAGUUCGAAAACCGCCCUGUGGAUAAAACUCUGUCUCCAAACAUCAGACCACAAAAACAUGCAGCUUCAGAUGGCAGCCCCUCCACUGAGAGAAAGCAGACUAAUAAACCAAAACUGCAAAAGAGACUCUCUCCAUAUUCCCAGUCUCUGGACAUGGCGUCGCCACCUGUCAAACACAAGUCAGGUAGAAAGUUGCUCUCCAAAGACCUCUCCUCUGACAACCCAUCAGAGCAAACAACUAUGAGACAAACGACAACAUCAAUCCUAAGAAAAAAUCACCAGACACCACAGUCACUAAAUUCAAAAGCUGAACCAGAUAAAAUGCUGACCUCUGUCACUUUCAUGCCACUGGAAGCUGACCAGUGUAUUGAAAAGAACGAGACAGAAGGUGAAGCAGCAGAUCAAGAGAACCCUAUGACAAACGUGCAAAUAAUAAAGCCAUUAAACACUGCAAACCAGCCAAGCAUGAAACCAGUCCUUGAAAAGAUUUGCUACUCAAUCAAGUCAAUAAGACAGAUGACUCAAAACAAACGUCCAUCGUGUCUGGAAAAGUCCAACAGCUUGCCAGACUUCUCCUCCCACGUAGUGUCUACAUUUGGCUCCUCAUCUAAAGCUCUUCUCGCUUUCUUGGCUGUCAUGACCCUCCAGGAAGGGCUUACAAACUUGAAUAGGAAUGAGCUGAACGCAAACAGCGUCAGCUGUGCGGAGGCUUUAAAAAUGAUCGAUUCGCUCAGAGAAAUUGCAGAAAUCGAGGAUUCCCACAGAUUACAGACGAGUUUGUCAAAUUUGCAAAAAACGACCUCAAAGCAGCUCCUGCAGAGCUGGAAGGGCUUUCAGGAACUCAGUGACAAAUGCAAAAGCCGCAGCUCAACGCCAAAUGGUUCAGAGGCAGAACUCCUAACUGGAGAGAACCCCGAACAAGAGCGUGUCGCUGAAGAAAACAUUAUUGACGAGAUCAUGGAUAACCUCGAUGUACCUGAGAAGCUGAAGGAGGAACUGGCUUCUCUUUCAUUAAGUCCAAAAAGUGAGUCUGACAUUACAGAGUCGUCACCUAAAGAUAGCAGUAAAGAAAUUGCUGAUCAUUUCUUCAAAGAGAAAGCCGCCACUGUUUUGGAUUCCACACCAGAUGAUAAAGUGGAUGUGGAUGUAAGGUCCAUGAUUAAGCAAACGCAACAAUCUGGAGCAGACAAAUCUCACCUGAUGGCAGAGGAAGCAAAGGACAAACCGACAAUCCCAACCACUAAAGACAAUGAUCCACCAGCUAACCCUACUGUUACUGAAGAAAAGUGGCUUCACAGUAAAGCAUCGAUUCCACAAGAGAACAAGGAGGACUUGCAGUCAUGUUGGGACACAUCAAGGGAGAAUAUCAUCAAAGGAGAAGUCGGGAGAAAGAAAAUUUUCAAGAAGGACUCAGGUGCAGAUGAUGAAGGGCAGAAAAAGAACGCAAGUGCCAGUAAAGAAUUAGCAGAAAGAGGGAGUUGUAAGCAAAGUGUGAUCAAUUCAGAUGCAGGUGAGCCGAAGAGCUCAGGGGACGAGUCGGAAACUUCAUGUGAGGAGAUCAAACACGAGAGUAUCGAGAGUGAAGACCUGUCCAAACCUGAAAGUCCCUCUGAGGAGGAAGAUAGCAAGCUACCAAGCCCCAGCUAUUACGUGGAACUAAAUGUAAGAGAGGAGAAAAGCAUAACCAGCCUAGACAGGGAAAAUUGGACAAAGGUCACGAGUACCGAGAUGAGCAAAGGUGACUCGUCUGCCCCUGUGUGUCAGCCCAUCUCUGAGAAGGAAUACCCGAGCCAAACAUACAGCAUGGGACUGACUGAUGAAAGCACCGGAAAUUCAGACAUGGACGAGCCAUCUUCAGAGGAAGAGCAGCCAGAGGUUGAUAGCAAGAAGCUGCAGGUUAUUGUUGAAGAAAGCAUGUCCGGCACUGAGGAAGAGCAGGAGGACAUGGAGGCGAAACAGCUUUGUGACCUUCCAGAUAAUCGCGAGCAAAAGAAAAGAGCUUCAUCGUCUUUAACAGCUUUGAUUGAAGAGCCAAAUGAAGACAAGGUUAGCUCAGAAGAUGAGGACCCUUACAUUGAGGAGACAUAUAUUUAUGACAGGACAAACAGUGAUAGCACGCAUAGCAAUUUAAUAGAAAAUCAGAUUUCGGAAAAAGAGAGUUGUAGGUUUAAUGCAGACGAUGAUAGCGGGAACGAUCACAACAGCUUUGAAGAGCACGCAGAUGAAGAGGAGCCGAAGGUCCAAGAGGAAAAAAUCACCAGCUCAAUUGAAGAGUUAAGUUACUAUGAAAAAGAGUCCAGCUCAGAGGAGGAAAAAGCUCAUGUGGACAGAUAUAAAGGAGAAACUAUAACCGACCAAGCAGCUCCUGCAUUGGCAACACAGUCUGAAGGCACUACCUCUGAAAAGUCUGUGGAGAAGGUCCAGUCUGAAGAAAUGAUUUCCCAGUCAGUUGCAGAGAGAGUAAUUCUUCUAGAAAAGCGAGUUGCUGAUGCAGAGAAAAGAAAAAGCACAACAAAAAGUUCUGCAGUCAGAUUUUACUCGCAAAAAGAGGCCCCUCAGGACUCAGACGACGAGGAUUUACCCUGUGAAUCACCCACAUCUCAGGUGACUCUCUGCACCCGAUCGGCUCCCCAGUCGUCGUUAUCCUUCAGCUACGACUCCAGUGGCGUUAUAACCACGGAGCCUGAAGGCAGCAGGGUCAGAUCCAUCAGGGAGAUGUUCUUAGCCAGGAGCGCCACCAACAUCCAGCAAACUCGUUUCCCAAUUCCUCACACAUCAGAGCUGGCUGAGCUAAGAGCCGAGACCUCUGUCAGUGGUGGAUAUCAAUCUCAGACUUCAAGCGAACUGUCAAGUGGGGAAGAUGAUUCGGCGCGGAAAUCCAUCACUAAAGGCUUCGUGAGGAGGACAAUCGAAAGGCUUUACGGCAAGAAGGAUGCUAAUACUGAUGAGGAAGCAAGUGAAAGGCCCCCAUCUGAGCCAAAGCAGGAGAAAAAUGGACAGUCGGGCAUCCUCGCUUCCUUCCACACAGCCCGAUCCAAAGCAGUGUCUGAGCUCUCAUACUUCUACUCCACAAAUGCCCUCGACACCUUAAGUGAAGCGACGAGAUGCAUCGCCUUUAAUGCACAGGUCGGCCCCGGCGACAGCAUUCCCAUUGAUAGCGGACGCUGGCUGCUUAGAGACAACACCCUCAUCCGAAAGUCUGUUUCAGAUCCAAUUGGAAUCAACAAAUCUUUUACAAACACUCCUGAAGGCAAAGGAGCGUUUGAGGACACAGAGGAGAAAAGUCCCUAUUCUCUGUUCGCCACAAAACCUGAACCAGAAGAAGACAAGACCAAACUGCUUUCCAGGAAGUGCACCUACUUUUCUUUGCCCCACGGCAGCGAGUCGGACAUAUGUCACGACGAGCUGAGCACGGUGAGCAAAAGCAGCGCAAAUGGCGACAGCAUCACAGAGGAAAAGGACAGCUCAGAAGACACCAAGACGUGGGCCGAGAGGAACGGCAUGCUGCCCGGCCUGACUGACUUUAAGAUGAUGGACAACAAAGUGCACCCAAUGAUGGAGCCUCAACCUGAAGGCGAAGUUGUAGUGGUGGUGCAGCCUGGAAAAGGUCAGGGUGUCGUUAAUAGAAGGCUCCCGGAGCAGGACAUAUUAGAUGUACUGUACAAUUUUUGUGGACAGCAUUGUCCUUUACUGUAAAAGGGGCAGCUUUUUUUCACAUAAUCACCGAAUAUGGACGAAAUAAGUGUUCAUUAUUAGGCCACAGUGAGAAAUAUUUUCUUUGGUGCCUACUUUUUUGCUGUUGCCAUAGCUUUGGCAUGAUACACUAUCAUAUGUCAAGUCUUUUGAGCCAAUGACAAGUGUGUAACAAUGCGUCACAGAUGCGCAGGCUAGCGGAUUAACCCUUUUCAACCCUCGCAUUUGCCCGUGUGUAACAAGACCUUGUGCUUCGACUUGUCUUUUUAUAUUGCUUGUUCAAAAGUUUGACACAUCAAGUGUAUAUUUGCCAUUUUACACUUCAGAGCAGCUCUUCUCACCCUAUAGGUUGCCUGUCAAAACAAGCACUCAGAGCAUUACUGUAAUCUCGUUUUAAAACUCUAAACAGUUUAAGUCCCAAGCAGAUGUCAGGCAAACCCGCAGAGUGAACAGGUCAGUUUGUGGCCUGUGCGGAACUCAAAUUCUGUACUAUACAUAUUGUAUCAGUUGACUACAGUGUAAAUAGGACCUUUCCUGGUUUUCGCUUAGUAUCCAUAGUUUAAUGCAUAUUUGCAAUAACCUGGUUUCUAUCAUUAGGACAAACUGUGUUAUGGUUUACGAUGUGGCAGCUGUGACGUUUCUGUCUUUUAAAAUUGACAUUUAAGAAUUAAAAGUAUGUGUUUCCAAA